AUGUAUAUUUACUUAUUUUUUUUUUGCAUCAAACAAGGCACAUUGAGCAAAAAUGGCGAGCACUGUUGGAAAGGUAAGUCUAAUACUCUAGUGUCUCCUUAUGUUUCUUUGGCGUCCUCUGUUGAUGGAGACCCAGAACUAAUUGCCGCUUCACAGACCAUCAAAUGUCAAGCUGCCGUUGCCUGGGAGGCUGGAAAGGAGUUGACCAUCGAAGAGAUCGAGGUAGAUCCUCCAAAGGCCCACGAAGUCCGUAUUCAGAUUCAUUAUACGGGGGUUUGCCAUACUGAUGCGUACACACUUUCUGGAAAAGACCCAGAGGGCGCAUUCCCCAUCGUCCUUGGCCAUGAGGGUGCUGGUAUUGUUGAGUCAAUUGGCAAGACGAACCUUUGCGGAAAGAUCCGAGCCACCCAGGGCCGUGGUGUUAUGCCAGAUGGUACUACCCGCUUCAGGGCCCGUGGAAAGGAUCUGCUGCACUUCAUGGGAACGUCUACUUUCUCUCAAUACACUGUUGUGGCCGAUAUAUCAGUUGUUGCUAUCACAGACAAGAUUGGGCUAGAUAGGGCCUGUCUUCUGGGAUGUGGCAUUACCACCGGCUAUGGAGCCGCAACAGUCACUGCCAAGGUGGAAGAAGGCUCGAACGUUGCUGUAUUCGGUGCUGGAUGUGUUGGUCUCUCUGUUAUUCAGGGAGCUGUCCAGAACAAAGCUGGUAGAAUCAUUGCAGUUGAUGUGAACGACACCAAGGAAGAAUGGGCACGCAAAUUCGGCGCCACUGAGUUUGUCAACCCCUCCAAGCUAGGAAACAAGUCAAUCCAGGAAUACCUGAUUGAAACCACCGAUGGUGGCUGUGACUAUACCUUUGACUGCACUGGCAAUGUAGGUGUCAUGCGAGCCGCCCUCGAGGCUUGCCACAAGGGAUGGGGCGAGAGCAUCAUUAUUGGUGUCGCAGCUGCUGGACAGGAGAUUUCUACUCGACCAUUCCAACUCGUCACUGGACGUGUGUGGAAAGGGUGCGCCUUUGGAGGAAUUAAAGGGCGCACUCAACUUCCCGGCCUCGUUGAUGACUACCUCAAUGGCAAGCUGAAGGUUGACGAAUUCAUCACUCACCGUGAGAAUCUGCCCAGAAUCAACACUGCCUUCGACGAGAUGAAGGCUGGAGACUGCAUCCGAUGCGUCGUCGACAUGACCAAGUAA